AUGCUCUGGUUAAAGAUUUGCAUUCUGAGUGUUGCGGUUUUCGUCAGUGCUGCGGCUGAAGACAGCUGGCCUUGUUCGGCGGAAUAUAUAAACACUCUUUGUGAAAACGGCGGUACCUGUUAUGAAACCAAAUUUGCUCGGAAAUGCAUAUGCCCAGCAGGCUGGACUGGAAGACGUUGCCAAAAGAAAAUUCCGGACAUAAUCUGUGAAAAUGGCGGGACGAACAUCACAUCUUGGACGUGUGUUUGUCCGGACGGGUGGACAGGGGAAACUUGCAAUGUUCUGCUACCCGCCAAUCCUGUCAGACUUGCACCGUUGGACUGUAACAACAUCACAUCGGCCGGGGGUCGAGUAGAAAUCCUCGUUAACAACACAUGGGGAACGGUUUGUGAUGAUGAUUGGGAUGAGAAAGACGCCCGAGUGGUUUGCAAUAUGCUUGGACAUACAAGCUCUACCGCUGUGGCUGUUUCCAACGGCGUUCUUGGAUUUGGCAGAGGUUUGAUCUUAUUAGAUGCGGUGCACUGCGUGGGUAAUGAGACGGAAAUCGGGAAAUGUGUACAUAAGCCAUUUGGAGAUCAUAACUGUGAUCAUCGAGAAGACGCUGGCGUGCUCUGUCUUUCUGGGAAACCGAACGUAAAAGUCAGACUUGCGGGAGGACUGUAUGAGGCGAAAGGACGUGUAGAAAUUAACGCGUUUGGUGUCUGGGGUACCGUUUGUCUGAACGGGUUUGGUGUGGAAGAAGUCAAAGUGAUUUGUCGUCAGCUAGGAUAUCCAGGAUCAGGUAAAUUUGAAAAACUUGGGUACGGAAUGGGUCCUAUAUGGAUAUCUGACUUGGCGUGUGCUGGAAAUGAGACGACGAUUGAAGACUGUCCAAGGACGCCUUGGGGUUUGAACAACUGCAACCACUUUCAUGAUAUCGGUGUCACCUGUUAUACGGGAUAGUUCUGAUUCUGUAUGAAAUAAAUACUGGAGAGAAAUUUAUGUUUUGUGACUUCAUAUAAAAAUUGCCAUAUACAAUUAUAUAAAAGACUCCAUUCAACAAAGUACAGGUCAGGAUGAAGUACAACAGGCUGGAACACCAAUCUCAUUUCCAAUAUUGA